CAGAACAACAUUCAUUAAGCUUCAGGCUCAUGCGUCACAAACUCUGUUGCCUCCUGGUCGUAGGCCGUCAGCAGAGAGUGAACGCCCACUAGGUGUCGCCACUGUAGUGAUGGGAACUAUAGAAGAACCUAUCGACAUCGAGGAGCUGGCGAAGAGGUCAGCGGAGAAAAUGCUGGAUGCGCCGGGCAGGAAGAAGGCAGACCUAGAAAACCCCAUCAUCAAAUGGAACAAGAUGUUUGUAACGCACGGGAAGACUAAGUACUCGAACCCGAGCCGUCCACCCAAACCCACGGCGCACGUGCUAUUUACCGCCAACUUCAGCAACGACACCCCAAACCGCAGACCUACAGGCUGAGCACCACGCGCAGCACCAGGUCCACGUGCAACAUCGUGCUCAACAGGACCUACACCAUUGGCGCCAGCCUUGAGGUCAAGCUAACACCUCCCAACCCUGUGAUCGAAGCGAACGCUGGUUUCCAUGGCGAGAUGUCCAUGGAGAAAGGUGUGAACGAGACGUUCGAGCAGGAGCUGACGUGGACAGUUGACAACGAAAUCGAAGUGCCCUCGGGUCACGUGACCACCGCCGAGCUCGUUAUCAAGGAAGACGAGUUUGAUGGCGAGUUCACCACCAAGACCACCUUUCAAGGCAAAGUCAUCGUGGUCUACGAGACCAAGCAACACGAUUUUGUAGACGCCGUCCAGCGGGAUGUCACGGCCUUCCUCACUCCGGACAAAGGCUUCACCAAAGACAAGGCUGGCAGACCCGUUUUCAUCACAAAAGGAAAAUGCAGGUGCCGCUUCGGCAUCGAGCAGAACGUGCUUUUGAAGCAGUCCCAACUGCCGCUCCUAGAAACCCAGGCGGAUGAGGAUUUGUCACAAUCACCACCGCUAGAAGCCACUGAGAAUGGGUUGUAGUGUCCUCUGAAGAAAGACAUGUCUCCUUCCCAGUACUCGUGCAAAGAAAAUGUGAGUGUCCACUUCCCGAAGGCUUCUGGCAGAAUGCUCAUCUUGUUCUGAAUAACGAUUGUCCUUCCCAUAUAAGUACAGGAAGAAUGUGAUCCAUUUAUCCUUGGGAGCUGUCAGUAUAAGGAGAAGUAGGGACAUGUUAAAAUACCCCAGUGAAAACUGUGAUACCAGUGUUCUUUGUAAAAUUGCCGCAUUGUCAAGACAGCAAAGGUUUGGUUUGGUUGUCAAUCUGCUUGCUGUUGUUAUUGUUAUGGAUAGAAAUUGUGUGGUUGUGUUACGUUACUGCAGUAAGAUGUUCUGGUUGUGAAAAUGUGUUAAAUACAACUUUGAUGACACACACAUACACACAGAAUUUACGAGUAAGGAGUGCGAGAGAACAAGAGAAGGAGACUGCAUAUAUAUUAAGAAUUCACCCUUUGAUUAGCAAAAUAGCAAAAGAACUAGCAACUAACACCAUGAUUGUUUAUUGAUGACUUCACUGGUUCCAACUAUUGGCUAUAGUUGACAUGUUUGGUCACUGCCUGUUAAUGCAAUAGUGGUCAGUAUGCAGACAAAUCUUGAGGUUGUGUUUAAAAAAGUAGCAUAUGCAUGAUUAAGUCCAUUAUAUUCAUCCUUAUUUAAGUGAAUAUAAUAUUAAAUCUGUAUUCAGUUUAGCACAAAACCAUAUGGAGAGCAAUGAUUGACAAACAACAUUUGCGACCGAGGUCAAACUGUAGCUUUUAUUUCAACUUUUUUUAAGGUUGCCCAUGAUUGCAUAAUAAUAUCACUUGGCAUAAAA